GACGAAGGGAGAACGGCCUGGAAGACAACAAUCAGAAAUAUGGUGCUCGAGAUAUGACAUUGAUGCCCCAUUAACAACAGCAUCCAAAUAAUAUGGAGUCAGAGUCUGUCCAGCCAGUCCAGGUGGUGGAUCCUGAAGUCCGCGCUUAUGUCUACAGCCUUAUCACUGCGCUUGGAGGCUCUGGGAGUAGUGAUAUAGGCAAAUAUGUCUUAGGAGACGAUGCGCUCGCGUGCUUGCGCGAUAUCAAAAGAUGGCUGAAGUUUUAUGACGAGAAAGCGAACCGCAUGGACGUGGCUAGGUGUUUGGCCGAAGCAAACCUGGUGAAUCGAGACUUGAUUCCCAUUCUCACACUUUGGGGGGAUGAUAUACAUGAUGAAAAGCACAAGUCGCGAAUUGCGUUGGCAUGCUUGGAAUUGCUUGUUCCCUUGACAUGGCCGCUCGAGAUUCACAGCCAGAUGACGGUCAACCACCAUAGACAUACACCAUACUUGCAGCAGUCGCAGGUUUUGUAUAAGCGCGGGAUUCUUGGAAAUGAUACCACAGCCAUUCUACGAACGAUUAUCCGUAUUGCAUUGCCAAGCAUGACAACUCCUCGGUCAGACCGUUCCUCGCGAGACGAAGGGAUUCUAAAGUUAAUGCUAUACCUAUUCAGAAAUCUUGCUAUAAUAACACCCUCUCCACAUCUAGCUAGAGAGGGCGAUGAGGAAGAAGCAUCAAAGUCUGCCACCAUAAACGCCUUUCAAGAACAAGAUGUAUUUGCCCUUCUAUUAACAAUGUGCUCCAAUAUGGGAGAAGAUUUUGUUUUCCAGGACGUCGUUAUUCUGGAGAUUCUAUUCCAUAUUGUCAAGGGUGUCGAUAUCGAGAAGCUGUUCAUGAAUGAUACUCAACGAAGCAUUGCCGGUACGGAUGAUCUUGAGGCUCUCCUAGACAAGGAAUCACAUUUGAAGCGGGAAUACGCCAAAACUGCCCCUACAAGGCACGGACGAUUUGGCACCAUGAUCUGGGUGAAACGAGAUGAUGAAAAAGUAUCCACCGUUUCGGGUCAGGACGUACUAAAAGACGAUUGGACGACAAUGUUGAAAAUGGACAAAACAAAGAAGUGGAAUAGGCCGAAACACAGAAGGGGAGGUGUUGAUAUGUCGGUUAAUAACUUUAACGUCCCCUCCCCCUUAACACCAUCGGCGACCAAAAAUUUACGAACAUUUGUUGAGGAGUUUUUGGAUUCUGGUUUCAACCCACUCUUCUCACAUCUCCGCAAAGCCAUUGAGCGCGAGGCCGACCGCGUUACCGAGUCCACACCUCGCCAAUUCUUUUAUGUAAUUUCCUGGUUCCUCGAAGCCGAGAGGGUUCGUCGAACCCGUCAACAAGAACUUCGUCAGCAGAAUCCAAACCCUGCGAGGGACAUUGAACCGGAUAGUUUUCAGCUUGUUGCUAGCGUCCUCAACCAAGAAACCUUUAUUGCUCUAAAUAGACAUAUGCAGAACUGUUUAGAUUUCAAGGAUUGGCAAGACCUCAACGCUAGUAUGCGGUGUUUCACACAAAUCCUUCUAACAGUACAGCAAAUGUUCCAUUCUGACAUCAGUGAAGAUCAAGAUAUUGCAGAAAAUAUCUUGAGCAGAAUAUUCUAUGAGGAAACAACGCAUGACAGGAUAUUGACUAUAUUGAGGGGCUACGAAAGCCAAGGGUUUUGGUAUUUGGAUGCUUGCACUGAACUGGCCCAUGUCUUCCUUCGAUUAUUGGAACAGUACUCGAAGCAGAAUGAACAUAUGCAGAUUCGAUCCCGGCGACGAGCUAGGCGGAAACAACGUAAAGAAGCUGUUGCCAAUCCUGAAAACCCCGAAACUCAAAAUCAUGAUGAGUCUGAAGCCGAAGACUUGGCCAUGGAAGAUGCAACUAGAACGAUAGUUGAAAGAUCUUUUGAUUUUCGACGUUUUGCGGCCAAAUUCUGCACCCAAAAAUCUGUCAACACAUUCCUUGCUUUAACUACGCAUUACAGAGAGCUCAACGAGGAGCAGUUGAAACGAGCACACCGAUUUUUCUACCGUGUGGCUUUCAAGCAAGAGUUAAGCGUCUUGCUCUUCCGUGUGGAUAUAAUUUCGCUAUUUUACAGGAUGAUAAAGGGUCCAGGGGGUCUUGAUUCGGCAAAGUCGGUGUAUGCUGAAUGGGAAGAGCUCACACGACGAGUUAUCAGAAAGCUCAUUAAGAAAUUAGAACAACGCCCAGAGCUUAUCACUGAAAUGCUAUUUAGCAAAAUUAACGCAACUGUCUUUUAUCUGGAGUAUGGCCACGAGAGACAGACAGUGUCUAACUCAAAGCCAGCGGCUGAGUUGGAGGUGAAACCCGGUGCUGCCACAACCCUAGAUUCUAGAUUGGGGAUUGUUGUAGCUGCACUACACCUGGAAGGAAAGGAGAACCUAGUACAAUGGCUUGUUAAAACGCUUGAUACCGCAGUAAAUGAAAGGAGAUGCUGGGAGCUUGAAGCAGAAUCUAGGCAAACCGAAUCUGGCGGGGAGCAUCCUCCCAGCCCACCUUCAAUAGCUGUUAUACCCCUUGAUGAUGCGUGUCGUACUGCCUUGUUCAAAAAUGGACGCCUCCGCCUCCUAAUGACAUUGGCUGGAUUUGAGAGGCUGGGUGUUGAGGACACGCUGGAUUCCUCGUGGAUAAUCCCAUCAUCGUUAUCAGCCAAAACUUUAGAAGAAACCCAAAAAUCAGUUGAGAAACACAGUGAAAACCCGCCAACUGAAUUUGACGGGCUGGAACCUCGCGAUUUACUGCGUCGAAAACGGGACGUCGACACUACGAUGCCGUCCCAUGGAAGACCACAGGGUGAGGUUGAUUUUGGAAACGACUCAGAGGGGGAGGACGAUAUUGAUGGUAUCUUAUUCCCGCCAAAUCUUCGCAUUCGGACCGGCACACUAGACGAGCUUAAAAAGAAGCGACUUAGACGAGGGAAAAAGAACAAAGAGGAUGGUGAUGGCCCGGACGAGGCGGCGCUCGAAGCGCGUCGUCUGGCACGACAGGCGAAUGCCUUGGAGCGCCAAAGAAAGAUCAAAAGCAGUUUAUAUAUCAAUGCCAGCGAUGAAGAGUCGGACGAGGAAGCCGAUAGGGAGUUCUUCGCGCGAGAGGAGGAGAGGAGAAAAAACCAGGCGAGACGCAUCAAGCAGGCUUUAUUAUCAGGUACAGCCGGGGGUGAUAAAGCAACUGGCCAAAAAUCUUCCAGCAAAGGACGGAAACGGAAAAGUACUGCUAAUGGCGACGAAAACAAUAAACGUCAGCGCAGCGAUCCUCUGUUAGAUAGCGAUGACGAAGAUAACGCAAUUAACAUUGACAAUCCUGAGGAUGAUGAUGACGAAGACGUCAUGAUGGCCACUCAGGAAACACCAUCAUCAUCCUCCGAGACUGAGUCGAUAUCCAUGGCUCAGCCUGAACGAAGGAGCGAAAAUACCACGCCGCCAACUUCCACCGAACGCAAUCCAAUAUUCGGCAUGAAUGAUGAUGAUUACUUUGAUAACCCGUUUUACUUCGCUAGUUUGGCCGACAAGGACAAAACUGGGGGAGACAAAGGGGUUGGGAGUGACGGAAGGGAAGAGGAGGAGCAGGUCAAGAUGCCUGCACGACAGCGGCGCAUGCUUGGCGCGUUCAUUAUUGAUAGUGAUUCUGAGUCGGAAGUUGGGGAAUAAAUAGUUGGCGUCUGUUUUUCCUCUGCCGCUGUCUCUGACCUUUGAAUCUUUUGUCUCUACGAAUGCGAUACCAGGUUCUUGUUUUGCUGUCGUUUUUCACUGUCAUUGUAGGCGCGGGAAUAGGGGGAUUUUUGUCUUUUGUUAGCGUGUUCGUAAACCACCAUGAUAAUGUUUAUACGUACUCUGCAAUUUUUGUAGUCAUUAGGAGUGAGCUUUUUUUUUUUUUUUUUUCAGGGGCAGAGUUGUUGUUGUUCUGGACGUUAGUAGAGAAAAGGCAGGAGGACGGCUGAGCUGUCAGUUUUAUAUAUGACAUUAAUCGGCAACCUACUCUGUA